AUGUUGUCAACAUCGUUACGCCGGGCGGCAUGGACCCCCAUGCCACUGCCCGGGAUAACUCGCUCCGGUCAGAAUGUUACCAACAGUUUCCUAGGCGCAACCCGACCUCUGCACCAGCGCCGGUAUUCCUCCUCUUCUUCCAAACCACCCGUCCCGCCCAGCGAUGGCUCUAGACGGCUUGAUGCCUCUGCUCCGGCGAAGGUGAACUCGUCUAGUGAGAAGGGCAGGGGCCGCCGGGGGAAGGACAGCUCUUCGCGGAACGCAUCUUCAAAGUCCAACCAGCAGCAUGCGGCAUUUUCCAAUCUCCCAAGUGUUCCCUCUACACAGCACCGACAACCGCAUGAUGUCCAUGUGGCGUCGUUCUUCUCCAUCCACCGCCCAAUUUCGGUGACAACCACUGUACCCCCAACUUCGAGUACAGAUGCUUUUGAAGCGAUUUUCUCCUCCAAGCGGCCUCUGAAGAACGAGCCCGAAGACGUCAUCUUCACUCUUUCCUCCGCCGUGCAGUCAAUGGAGCUCGGCGCGCAGGGCGCGUCAGAGUCCGAGGACAACUUCCGAACCUUCAGCGAACAAGAUGGUGAACUCCGCAUGCUGGAUGGCCCCGACGCCAAGAUGUCCGUGGAAGAAUACACCCGCCGUCUCCGUCCCUUCCAGCCUCCUCCUCCCCCCGUGCCCAUGGACGCAUCCGCCAUCGAGGCUGUCGAGUCCACAGACGCCCAGAUCGACAACGAGUACCAGACCUACUCGACUGUCCUGACGAUCCGCGAGGGUCGUGGCGCAGAUGGCCGCAAGACCUACGAGGCCCACACCGGUCCAUUCGUCCGUAGCGAAGAAAUGGAAGACCCAUCUAGCUUCCGUGACGAAGUCACCAUCGAUGCCCCCGAGUCCACCUCCGGGAUGACAUACAUGGAGCGUCUGCGCAACAACCGCACCAUGCACGCCCUCAGCACCAAGAGACGGCGCAAGGCCAAGAUGAAGAAGCACAAGUUCAAGAAGCUGAUGAAGAGAACGCGGACUCUGAGACGGAAACUCGACAAGUAG